AUGAAGGCCACACUCUUUGGGCUCAUUUCAUCACUAGCUGCCCUUUCUUUGGCGGCUCCAUGCCCCGAUGAUGGAAGCCAGGAGGCACUUUCUUUUGCCUAUAUGUACGGCUUCCCUCUCUAUGCGUUUGGCGAUGUCACCAAACCCUUGCUUGCAAAAGGGAUCGACCUGAAGCCAAACAUCAUCAUUGCCUCUCCGGAGCCAAACGAGCCCGGCGCAGUUGGAGUUGUGCGACCCAAUGCCGAUACUAUUUACUCUAUCCUGUUUAUAGACCUGUCUUCGAAAGACCUUCGUAUCACUAUCCCUGAGAUACCAAGUGACCGAUACUGGGUUUUCCCUUUCUGCACACCAUAUGGUGACAACCUGGUCAACCUUGGCAAUCUCGGCGCGAGUGAGCCUGGAGACUAUCUCCUCAAAUACAGCCCUAACAAAUACGGUCUUGAGACAACUAAUGUGCCGGAGGGGUAUAUUGGUGUCAUCAAUUUCCCGAUGGCAUACGGUCUAGUAAACUCAAGAAUCGUCACCGAUCGAUCGGAGGAAGAUGUUGCUAUCAUCGCAGAACUACAGAAGGGCUUCCGCAUCCAAGAAGUAUCGAGUAAAGAAAAGCCUAUCGCUCCGGCCUUGGAUCUCACCAUGUUUAUUCAGCCAGAGUACUCAGAUAAGACCCAACCUUAUUACGAAGCGGUUAUGAAAACUGCCGCUGCUCUUGUCCCGUACAAUCCACCUUAUGUCGUGUCAGAUCGAAAGAAGGUGGCAUCAGAAUUGCAGAAAGCCGGCUUGAACAAGGGGAAGUUUAUCCAGCCUCCUCAAACAAACCUCACUGCCGCUGUUGAAUCUGCAAACACGACCUCGGCACUAUUCGCGGCGAAGCCUGGCGUUCGAAAGGACGUCGGAAGCGAUUGGUAUCUGGUCUCCGACGAGUACAUCGGUCGCUUCAACUCUUUCUACGCUAUACGAUACCAAAUCGGUCUCACAGCAUAUCUUGCUCUCGUCCAGUCUGAGAGCGCAUACCCUUUCUACGGCAAGUAUAUCUCCAUUGAAGUGGGACAGUCUGUUUUGUGCACCUUUACAAAGCCACCCAAGAUUCGGGACGGUGGUUUUUGGAGCCUCACUGCCUAUGGGCCUAACCAAGAUCUCAUCGUGAAUGACCUGGAGAAGUACAUGGUGGGCGAUAGAAGUAACUUGACAUUCCCUGAUGGUACACCCGUAGAGGAGAGUGAUGAGCGGCCGUUCCAGGUUUUGCUUCAGGCUGACGAUGUUGCGCCUCCUUCUAACUGGACCAACAACUGGCUGCCUAUCAACUCGGGAGGAGGCAACAUCUCGGUCACUUUGCGCUGGUAUGGUGCAGAGGAGGAGAUGGUUGACGGGACAUAUGUUCAUCCUAAGAUUGAGUUUAUUGAUGCCAUGAAGACUUGA